AUGUUAACAAUCGCAUUUUUAUUAUCACUGUAUGUUUGUGGACUAAAUGGAUUAAUUCCUUAUGAUGGAAUAAUUCAUCGUUCAACUGAUGGAAGUUCUUAUGCAUUCUUAUCUUCACCUAACAUAGGUAAUCAUCCAUCAUUUAUUGAACAGAUAAGUCCAAGUAGUACGUUAGCUGUAGCUUGGUUUUCAGGUGGUGAACAACAACCCAAUUGUUCAAUAGCAGUAUCACUUUUGAAAUUAAAUUCACAACAAUUUACACCAGGUGUCAUUGUUAGUGAACGUAUGAAUUGUUCAAAUCAAAAUCCAGUUCCUUAUUGGGAUAAUCAAACACAACAAUUGGUACAUGUCAAAGAAAGCUAUGCUCAAAUGUGGCAUUUGUACAGUGAAGACCGAGGUAUAACAUGGACAAGUCCUCAGAUAUUUUAUAGUACAUUGGGUGGAUGGGAUCGGAAUCGUACAAUUGCAACAUUCGACAAAGAAGGACUUCUUUUUCCUUGUUAG